UUAAUAAGUUUGGUAAGAAUUUAAAAAGAGUAGCCACAGAUGCCAACUCUGCAACUUAUUCAAGAAUGCUGAUGUUAGAGUCAUCGGAAGGACCAAUAGCCAUCAUCAGGCUGUGAAGGCUAAGCUGUUGCCUUCUUCCUAUUUCUCAGUCCCGAAUAAUCAAGGAUUCUAACUUAUAUUCUCUUGCAUUAAUUUCAAGUAAGUGCAAAUCUUGCUUUCUAAACUUUUUCGGUAGAUCACAGCCUACUAUUUGAAUUUUUCAAUGGAAGGCCAUGAUAUCUUUGAUAACUUUACAUAAGAUUUUACCGUCGUUCCUGAAAUUACAGCAAGUAAUUAUCACUGUUUUAAUCGUAUCAAUGCAUUCAAAUACAUUAAAUAGUUUUAGAGAUCCCUCACUGAUCAUUUUGAUAGAUUUUGAGUCUAAUAAAAGUCGGGAGUGGUCAUGUACAAAAAUCUUUCACCCGUUGAUAAAUUUUAUCUCCAAAUUUAGCUGCUCAGCCAUCCCACUGAGCGUAUCAGAGUCCUCUCCAUCAUUCAUGUUUUCAACAAAUCCAGACGAUUCUUCGUGGUUAUUUUUAUUUAAUACUGAAAACCACGUUAGAAUUAGCUCUAGAGGACUUGCUACCCUUGGGCUUCUUAUAUUUAUUAGCUUGCACCCCAGAGGUUGCUUUAUGCUUCUGCUUAAGUCUAUCAAACUCAUCCUGGCCAUAAGUUUUUAAAUCUUCAUUACAAGUGCUCGUUCAGACGCCCAUGAUAAAACUAGUUUUAUAAAUUUGAUGUAUAAUCUUCCUAAU